AUGAAUGCUUGUACAGAAUUGGUAACGGUUAAUGGACGACCGUUUGAACUUUUAGAGGAUAGUGGAUUUCAUAAAAUUUUAAAUCAUUUAUUAAAAGGUUUGGCCGGUUUAGAUAAUGGCUGUAAUGUAAUUAAUAAACGUAAUGUAAGGUUAAACGUUAUUGAUAAAUCAAAAAAUUUUAAAUCUUUAAAUGAAGUUGUGGCAAAUAUUAAAGACUUGGUUAAAAAUAAAUUAUUAUGCCUUAAAAUGGAUUGUGCGUCAAGAAAAGAUAAGUCCAUUUUAGGAAUAAAUGUUCAAUAUGCAGCUGCCGAUACAACAGUGACUACUUUACACACACUAGCUAUGAUAGAGUUAACCCAAAAACACACUGCUGUGUAA